CGUUCGGAGUGCUCGAGUGCGCGUGCCAGCUGGAGCUGCUCGCAAGUAACCCCACAAUCGCAGCCCCAUCCCUCGGGAUCGCAAAAAUCUCGGUUUUUCAAGAUCACAGUGGAGAGAUUGGAGAUCCCCCGUGCAUCGCUCCAUACUCGCAUUCCCUCGCCCCAACCUAACUCUCUCUAUCGCUCCACAGCGGCGCUCGUGUGAGUCGUGAACAUAAUUCACAAGGCACUGGUGAAGUCAGUAGCCGGCUAAACGCGACUCGGGUCGGAAGUCUCCGCUCCUAACAAUCCCAGCCACACGAGUCCCCACCUCGAUAAGGGUGAACACAGAAACAGUACAAAAAGGAAUUAUAAACAAGUUAGGCGAAUAAAAAACCAUAUGAGAUGCAACUUUUCGACGACUUUUGCAAAAGCUUCAACAAGGAAUUGCAAAGGGCGAAUUUCGGAUUCGCGUACAAUCGCGUUCAUUUGUUCUACAGAUCCCAGUGGCAAAAAGAUGAGAUCAACACAAUAUACUUGCUCUACCGAUGGAUUUGGGCCCUGUUUUUCCUGGGCGUGUACAUCAUGUGCAUAGUGAUACAGUACUGCGAUGGAAAGUUCUUUAUCUACAUGACCAACUGGGGAUUCGGGCUGUGCACGAUCACCAUGCUGAUCUCCGCCGUACAGGUCACCUGCUGGCACUUCGAUCUGAGGAACACCCGGAGUCUGGUACAGGAGUCCGCCCACAAGGCGGAGACGUCGCGGGGUCUGAAAGUAUACUGGUGGCUCUACAACAUGACACUAUCGCUGGCCCUGAUCAUAUCAACAGUCUACUGGGUGUUUCUCCAUGGAAAGAUGAAUAAGCCCAUGCGAUUUCCAGCCAUUAGCAUAAUUACUCACGGCCUCAACUCCGUAAUGAUGUUGAUAGAUUUCCUGGUCGUGGCGUUUCCGCUCAGGAUCCUGCAUAUGGUUUACGGCAUGAGUCUGGCGAUCUUUUUCUUCGUUUUCACUCUGGUUUACCAUCUAUGCGGGGGUACCGAUGAAUUCGGCAAUCCCUACAUAUAUCCCAUUCUGGACUGGAAGAACCCCAACCGCUGUUUGGUGACCUUCGUGGGCAUCUUCCUGCUCAUAAUUUGCUAUUGGAUGCUGCUCUUCGGACUCUACAAGUUGAAGAGGAUGUUCAACAGGGCCUUCAGUGUGGUCUGGACUCCUCAUGCAGUGGGUCUGAUAUGAGGGACACAAUACACCCUAGAGACACCACAGACAGUAACGUAAUACCACCUCAUUAACACCCGCAGAUUUGCGGGUCUUUAUGCAUCGCCAGCAUUAUUAGUUCCAUUUACAAUUCAUCCUAAAUCACAGAACAGACAUUGAGAGGAAGUCGCAUCGAUACAGAACCAUUCGCAUGCAUUUAUUUAUAUCUAGUACUUGCUAUUGUAAGUUUUAAUCUUCUGGUUCCUUAACUUUGAAUUGGUUUAGUUAGGUUAAUCAAUAGGCAUUGAUGUUGUUACUACAUUUAUGGAUUAAAUAUUAAAUAUUUGAAAUUUGUUAAAAAUACUCUACUUGAUGUUAUCAUAAUAUUAGAUAGAUCGUGAGAAAACUGAAAUUGUAUAAACAUAUACCGAAAAUCGGAAUAACCGAAAGUGUAUAUAAGAAGGUAGCAUUAAUGUAUUACUACUGAAAAGUGUGGGAAAUAAAUAAAUUACUAAAAAAAUAA